GUUUUCAAGCCUCAAUGAUUAAAACUGUCCAGGAAUAUUUGAGAGGGAUGAAACGGUGAGACAGAAGUCAGAAUAAAUGAGGAGCUAAGAGCCUCCUUAAACGGACUGAAGACAAAGAUGGUUCACUUUGAGAAAUCCACACAGACCUGGGAACAAGCGUCCACUCAUAACAAGGUAGAACAGGGACUCAAACUAAAGUACAAAUCAGUCCUAAGCCUUCUUUCCUCACACUCUCCUGUUCCUGUCCUCCCAGGCUGAGGCCAAAUUCACAGAGGAGCAGAUGAAAAAAGAUUUUGAGAGUCUCCACCAGUUUUUGAGAGAGGAGGAAGCAGCCAGGCUUGUUUCCCUCAGGGAGAACAAGGAGGAGAGGAAGAGAGAGGCAGAGCAACAGAUCCACAGAAUGAACCAGGUGAUAAAGUCUCUGGAGGAGAAGAUCCAGGUGGUGGAGGAAGAGCUGGAUGCAGAUGGAGAUGGAGUGGAGUAUUUGGAGAACUACAAAGACUCAAUGAAGAGUACCUGCUCAGGUAACAAGGAGCCGCAGCAGAUUUGCAGACCUCUAAUAAACGUGUGUGAACACCUGGGUAACCUCCAGUUCACCGUGUGGGAGAAGAUGAAACACGUCACCCCGUACACUCCUGUGACCUUUGACCCCAGGACAGCUGGCUGGUCUCUAAGAGUGGCUCCUGGGUUAAACAGCGUUUGCAUCCGCCCUGGACCCUCACAGGGGCUGGACCUGAGUCUGGAUGUGUCUGUCCCAGAUAGCCCGAAGCGUUUCCACCCAUACUCCUGCAUCCUGGCAAGAGAGGGCUUUGACUCGGGAGUGCACUGCUGGGAUGUUCAGGUUGGUGACACCAGUAAUUGGACCGUGGGUGUAGCGGCUCAGUCAGCGUCCAGGAGGACAGAGUUGGAGGCCUCUCCAGAAGCAGGACUCUGGUGUAUCAGUCUGAAAGACAAUAAGUAUCAAGCCCUAACGGCUCCCUCUCAGGACCUGAAUCUGGACGACACACUUCAGCUGAGCAGCAUCUGUGUGAGACUGAACUGGGAUGAGGGGACUCUGGAUUUCAAAGAUGUUGAUACUGACACACAUCUGUUCACGUUCAGACAUCGCUUCACUGAGAAGGUGUACCCGUACUUUGAGAGCAUAUCGUUGUUUGGAGGCUUCGCUGUGUCGUCACAGAAAGUGGAGGUCAACGUGGGGUCAGAUUUUGUCCCCGUAGAAGAUACCGAGGAGGCUGAGGAGAUAAAAAGGAAUAACAGCGUAUCAUUGAUAUACAGCAACAGCACCACGCCAGAGUGUGGAUGUCUGACUGAAGAUAAAAACACAGUGAUUUGUCCUGUUGGUGACACCAGUAAUUGGACCGUGGGUGUAGCGGCUCAGUCAGCGUCCAGGAGGACAGAGUUGGAGGCCUCUCCAGAAGCAGGACUCUGGUGUAUCAGUCUGAAAGACAAUAAGUAUCAAGCCCUAACGGCUCCCUCUCAGGACCUGAAUCUGGACGACACACUUCAGCUGAGCAGCAUCUGUGUGAGACUGAACUGGGAUGAGGGGACUCUGGAUUUCAAAGAUGUUGAUACUGACACACAUCUGUUCACGUUCAGACAUCGCUUCACUGAGAAGGUGUACCCGUACUUUGAGAGCAUAUCGUUGUUUGGAGGCUUCGCUGUGUCGUCACAGAAAGUGGACGUCAACGUGGGGUCAGAUUUUGUCCCCGUAGAAGAUACCGAGGAGGCUGAGGAGAUAAAAAGGAAUAACAGCGUAUCAUUGAUAUACAGCAACAGCACCACACCAGAGUGUGGAUGUCUGACUGAAGAUAAAAACACAGUGAUUUGUCCUGUGAGAGAGGAGAAGAAGAGUAAACCACAAAGGAGCGCCGGGAAGGGCAAGCUUGUGAAAAUCAAACCAGCAGGACAGGAAAAGACGAAAGAAAACAAAGCUUCAGUGAAAAAUCAGAACAGCAAGCCCAAGUUCAGUGUUACGUAUCAUGUGUCACUGAACAGAGCGCUUCACUUUAUCAAAAAGUUAUCAGAACAUCAUGAAGAACUUUCCACUACUCAGUAA